UCCGGCGGGAGCGAAGCUGGGUUUCCGCGGGAUCCGGCCGGCUGAAUGGAACAGGAGUGGCUCUUGUACAAUGUUGCCCUGUAAGAAGAGAAGGACUACGGUGACAGAGUCCCCACAGCACCAGGGCAGCCAGGAGGGAGAGGACCCCGACCUGGAGUCGGUUGUUAAAUCAUCGUCUGACCAGGUGACAGACUGGGGCUCGGCGUCCCCCUCCGGGGGUCUGAGCCACGGCAGAGCCGCCAGCCUCGAGGUGGCGUCCGUGCAGGUCGUUGGAAGUCCGCUUGCUGGGCAGGACUCGUGUUUGAGCUCUCGGGGGCUCACCCAGGACACCGAUGCACCAGUUCUAGAAGCUGUUGAUGCAGCCAUCUGUCAGGGACUUCCGCUGCCUUCCUUGGAGACUUCCCAGCCACUUCAUGUACACGUCGGUAGAGGAAAAGUCCAGGCAGCUGGCUCAAGGAGAGGGAAGAAGAUUACGCUCAGGCCUGGGCUCGUUCCCCAAGAAGACAGAGGUGAUCACCCUCCUCCAAAGGAGCCUUUCUCAGGAGAGCCGAGUGAAGAAGUCAAGGAAGAGGGAGGACAACCUCAGUUGCAUUCUGGAGGGGCGAUGACUUCGCCGCCCUCGGGCAGCCGCUCUGCAAAGCCGGGAGCCCAGCCUGGGACGUCCCCUCCGCCAGGUGUCUGUGGCUGUCCUCAGGAAAAGCCCCUCGGGACUCUGGCUCCGCAAGUCCAGGAUGAGACAGAGGACGGUGGACUCUUCAUUCCGAUGGAAGAGCAAGGCGGUGAAGAAAGUGAGAAGAGGCGAAGAAAGAGAAAGGGCACCAAGCGGAGGCGGGACGGCCGGGGUCCCGAGGGCGGGGCGUGGGCUUGCGACCUGAAGCUGGACGCCGCGCUGGACCGCACGCUGGAGGACGGCGCCAAGCAGCACAACCUGACCGCGGUCAACGUGCGCAACAUCCUGCACGAAGUCAUCACAAACGAGCACGUGGUGGCGAUGAUGAAAGCAGCCAUCAGUGAGACGGAGGACAUGCCGAUGUUCGAACCCAAAAUGACACGCUCGAAACUGAAGGAAGUGGUGGAAAAAGGAGUGGUGAUUCCAACAUGGAAUAUUUCACCCAUUAAGAAGGCCAAUGAAAUUAAGCCGCCUCAGUUUGUGGACAUCCAGCUGGAGGAGGACGACUCGUCCGACGAGGAGUACCAGCCGGACGACGAGGAGGAGGACGAGACGGCCGAGGAGAGUUUGUUGGAAAGUGAUGUGGAGAGCACCGCCUCGUCUCCACGGGGCGCGAAGAAGUCCCGGUUGAGGCCGUCUUCCGAGAUGACGGAGACGGAUGAGGAGGCCGGCGUGCUGUCAGAGGCCGAGAAAGUCAGCGCACCUGCCGUCAGGCACAUCAGUGCUGAAGUGGUGCCCAUGGGGCCCCCGCCGCCCCCAAAGCCCAAGCAGAGCAGGGACAGUACUUUCAUGGAGAAGCUGCACGCCGUGGACGAGGAGCUGGCUUCCAGUCCCGUCUGCAUGGACUCCUUCCAGCCCAUGGACGACAGCCUCAUUGCGUUCCGAACCCGCUCUAAGAUGCCUCUGAAAGACGUUCCCCUGGGGCAGCUAGAGGCAGAGCUCCGGGCUCCAGACAUCACCCCAGACAUGUAUGACCCCAAUACCGCAGACGACGAGGACUGGAAGGUGUGGCUGGGGGGGCUCAUGAACGAUGAUGUGGGAAACGAGGACGAGGCCGAUGACGAUGACGACCCCGAGUAUAACUUCCUGGAGGACCUGGACGAGCCCGACACGGAGGACUUCCGCACCGACCGCGCCGUGAGGAUCACUAAGAAGGAGGUGAACGAGCUGAUGGAAGAGCUCUUCGAAACUUUCCAGGACGAGAUGGGACUCUCCAACGUGGAAGAUGACGGCCCGGAGGAGGAGGAGCGCGCGGCUGAGCCCCGGCCGAGCUUCAAUACCCCACAAGCCCUGCGGUUCGAGGAACCGCUGGCCAACCUGCUGAACGAGCAGCACCGCACGGUGAAGGAGCAGCUGGAGCAGCUGAAGCUGCGGAAGGCGUCGGGCCGGCAGGUGCCCGAGGCAGAGCGUGCGCAGCCGCUGGUGGAGAAGGUCCGUCAGACGCUGACUCUGGACCCAGCGCAGAGGGGACGCCUCCAGCAGCAGAUGCAGCAGCAUGUUCAGCUCUUGACGCAGAUUCACCUUCUCGCCGCCUCCAACCCCAACCUCAGUUCAGAGGCCAGUACCACCAGGAUAUUUCUUAAGGAGCUGGGCACCUUCGCGCAGAGCUCCAUCGCGCUCCACCAGGCCAUUCCCGGCUUCCAGACCUCGUUCCAGCCCUGCAACCUGCUGGGGGCGGUGCGGCUCGUCGAGGACGUCAGCGCGCACGUCAGCGCCGACUGGAGCCCUCGCAAAGCCGUCAAGAAGACCGGAGAUGAAUUUCCCUGUUUGCCAAAACAAGUGGCAUGGACCCUGGCCACAAGCAAGGUUUUCAUGUACCCGGAGCUCCUUCCAGUGUGUUCUCUGAAGGCGAAGAACCCCCAGGAUAAGAUUUUCUUCACCAAGGCCGAGGACAAUUUGUUGGCUCUAGGGCUGAAGCACUUUGAAGGAACCAAGUUUCCUAAGCUGCUGAUCAGCAAGUACCUCCUCACCUGUAAGACCGCCCACCAGCUGACGGGCAGGAUCAAGAACCUGAACAUGAACCGGGCCCCCGACAACAUCAUCAAGUUUUACAAGAAGACCAGACAGCUGCCCGUGCUGCUGAAAUGCUGUGAGGAGAUCCAGCCCCACCAGUGGAAGCCGCCGGUCGAGAGGGAAGAGCACCGGCUUCCGUUCUGGUUAAAGGCCAGUCUGCCGUCCAUCCAGGAGGAGCUGUGGCGCAGAGCUGACGGGGCCAGAGGGGCAGGAAAUGGGACAGGAACCGCCGAGGGCAGCUCAGAGCCAGACCUGGGAAAAGGCAGCUCGGAACCAGGGAGUGAGAGUCCGUACCCACUGCUGUUGCCCAAGGGUGUAGUCCUGAAACUGAAGCCUGUGGCCAACUGUUUCUCCAGGAGGGCCUGGAGACAGAAGCGGCCAUCAGUCCUGAAGCCGCUGCUGAUCAGAUCCAGCCCCUCCCUCCAGCCCAGCUCCACUGCUGGGAAAACAUCAGCGAGGUCAGCUCCGUCCGAAGCCCCUCCGAGCAAAAUGGUGGUCCGGGUUCCUCAUGUGCUGCAGCCGGCCACCGUCGUACAGACGGUGCCGGGUGUCCCUCCACUGGCGGUCAGGGCCGGCGAGGGUUUCGAGUCUCCGGCAGCACUGCCUCCCGCAGCCCCUGAGGCCAGGACCAGCUUCCCUCUGUCUGAGCCCCAGACCCUGCUCUCCUCUGCCCCUGUGCCCAAGGUAAUGCUGCCCUCACUUGCCCCUUCUAAGUUUCGCAAGCCGUGUGUAAAGCCGAGAGCCUCCAGGAGAAAGGGGGCCAAGGCCUCUCUCUGUCUGGAACCAGCCUCCCUCCUCCGCCCGGUCCCCGUUAUCUUCACGGUGCCCGCCACCACGGUGAAGGUCGUCAGCCUUGGCAGUGGCUGCAACGUGAUCCAGCCCGUCAAUGCGGCUGUGGCCCAGACUGCUCAGACCAUUCCCAUCACCACCCUCCUUGUUAACCCCACUUCCUUCCCCUGCCCCCUGAACCAGCCCCUCGUGGCCUCCUCUAUCCCGCCGCUCAUCGUUUCCAGCAGCUCUGUGAGUCUGCCUGUCCCUUCCACCCCUGAAGAUAAGGCCCCGGUGAAUGUGGACAUUGGUUGUCCCGUGGCUGAAGGGAAAAAUGCCUUUCAAGGCCUAGAACCCAAAUUAGAACCCCGGGAACUCUCUCCUCUCUGUGCUCCUGCCUUCCCCAAGGAGGAGCACAGCCCAGGGCCCCCAGCAGCAGAUCGCGUGAGCCAGGAAGAGCGGCCAGAGAACCGUGCCUGUGGCUGGGCUCUGGGGAAGGCCGAGGGCGGGAGGCAGGCUCUGGAGCCGCUGCCCCCGGGGGACUUGCAGGAAAUGGUCAAGAUGGAACCUCAGGACCCUGGGGAGGGUGACUCUAGUGGGUCCUCAGGCCAGGACACCUGUGAGGACAUCAGAGAAGAACGUUCUGUGGCAUUGGACGCUGGCUUCCCCGGGGAGGAGCCGAGCGGUCCUAGUGAGCUGAGGAGACAGCCAGCCUUGCAGCAGGAGGAGGAGAGAAGGGAGUCGGCUAGAGCCGCGUCAGCUUCUCAGGAACCUCGGGAUCAGGGAGACUCCGGAGAUGGGAGCAGAGGCUCUCCCAAGACGGCUUCUUCCUGCGCCGACCCUGAAGGGGUGCGAGGGAGCCCCCCAGGCAAGUCUGAGGACCUCGCUAGUGCCAGUGGCCAGACGCGGGCGACCCCGGCUGGGCCAGAAGCUGGUGGAGAGAAGGACGGGCCGGAGGACGAGGAGGAAGAGGACUUCGACGACCUGACCCAGGAUGAGGAGGACGAGAUGUCCUCAGCCUCUGAGGAGUCUGUGCUCUCGGUCCCGGAGCUCCAGGAGACCAUGGAGAAACUGACCUGGCUGGCCUCGGAGAGGCGUGCGGGCCAGGAGGGCGAGUCCGAGGAGGAUAACUCUCAGGAAGAGAACUCUGAGCCGGAAGAAGAGGAGGAAGAGGAGGCAGAAGGAAUGGAAAGCCUGCAGAAGGAGGACGAAAUGACAGACGAAGCUGUUGGAGACCCUGCUGAGAAGCCGCCGGCCACCUUCGCCUCGCCUGGGACCGCCCCGGAAGCAGAGGCCAGCAGCGCCCCGCCGGGAGAGCGCGGCGGAGCUGCUGGGAAGGGCCGGGGCAGUCAGCGAGUUCGCAGCAAGCGGGGAAGCCGAGCCCGGGCCAGCAAGGACACAUCCAAGCUGCUGCUGCUAUAUGACGAGGACAUUCUCGAGCGGGACCCCCUUAGGGAGCAGAAGGAUCUGGCCUUUGCUCAGGCUUACUUGACCAGGGUCCGAGAAGCGCUGCAGCACAUCCCCGGCAAGUACGAGGACUUCCUGCAGGUCAUCCACGAGUUCGAGUCCGGCACCCAGAGGCAGACGGCGGUGGGCCUCUACAGAAGCCUGCAGGCUCUCCUCCAGGACUGGCCUCAGCUGCUGAGGGAUUUUGCGGCUUUCCUGCUGCCUGAGCAGGCUCUGGCCUGUGGAUUAUUUGAGGAGCAGCAGGCGUUUGAGAAGAGUCGCAAGUUUCUCCGGCAGCUGGAGAUUUGCUUUGCAGAGAACCCCUCGCACCACCAGAAGAUCAUCAAGGUCCUCCAGAGCUGUGCGGACUGCCUGCCCCAGGAGAUCACGGAGCUCAAGACACAGAUGUGGCAGCUUCUCAAGGGCCACGACCACCUGCAGGAGGAGUUCUCCGUGUUCUUUGAUCACCUGCGCCCAGCGGCCAGCCGCAUGGGGGACUUCGAAGAGAUCAACUGGACCGAGGAGAAGGAGUACGAGUUUGACGGCUUUGAAGAAGUGGCGCUGCCUGAUGUGGAGGAUGAGGAGGAGCCCCCCAAGACGCCCGCGGCCUCCAAGAGCAAAAGGAGAAAGGAGACUGGGGUCCAGAGUCAUGACAAGGAGGCUGAGUGGCCGGACACUGCCAGGGACUGUGCCUGCUCCUGCCAUGACGGAGGCCCCGAGUCCAGGCUGAAGAAGAGCAAGAGGAGAAGCUGCGGCCACUGUGGCGGCAGGGUGAGCGCGGCGGCAGCGGUCUGUGACAGCAAGUCCUACAAGGGCAAGGAGCCCCAGGAGUUGGCAGGCAGCAGUCCCCACCGCGAGGCCAGCAAAGACCUGCAGGAGGAGGCGGCCCCCGAGGACUGCGAAGGCCCGGAGGCGAACCAGGACCAGCCUGGCAGGAGGGCUGGAGGCGGAGGAACACCUGUUUCCGCAGGACUGGCAGUGGGGAGCACUCCGCUGUCCCCUCAGGAAGCGAGUCUUACGGAUCGUCUUGUCAUGGGGGGCCCCCGGCCCUGCGCGCCAGAGACGACGCAGCCUUCCUCCAGUACCGGAGCCGUGUGUGCCGGGAGGAGCCAGGCCUCGCCCGAGGUCCUCUCCUGUCCUCGGGCGUCGUCCAGGCUUCCAACCGAGGGGAAGGACCCGGAGGCAGUGGGUGAGCCAGAGGCUUCCGUGCCAGCCUGGGCGGCUUCGGAAAUGGAGAAAUGGCCUGGAACCGUUGAGCCCCCUGCUUCCUUCCUGAGUCCUGUUUCCUCAAGGACCAGAGACAUGGGGAGAAGACAGGGGUCAGAGAGGUCAGACGCUCCAGAGAGCUGGCUGCUGGCGGACAGAGCCGCGGUGAGGACCGCAGACAGGACGUCCCCCGUGCGCGACUCUUCAUUGGGAACAGACCCCUCAGAGUCUUCAUCUGCGGCCCCUCGGGGAGCUCUGGCUAAAGACAGCGGAACCCCGGGCAAGGGUCUGGUGGGGGAGCCGCACCCGAAGGCCACAGAAGCCACGGUGUGUGCCAAUAACAGCAAGGUCAGCUCCACCGGGGAGAAGGUGGUCCUGUGGACGAGGGAGGCCGACCGCGUGAUCCUCACCAUGUGUCAGCAGCAAGGGGCGCAGCCGCAGACCUUCCGCGGCAUCUCCCAGCAGCUGGGAAACAAGACCCCCACCGAGGUGUCCCACCGCUUCCGGGAGCUCGUGCAGCUCUUCCACACGGCCUGUGAGGCCAGCUCCGAGGAGGACGACGAUGCCACCAGCACGAGCAACGCUGACCAGCUCUCUGACCGCGGGGACCUUCUGUCCGAGGAGGAGCUGGACGGGUGACUGUGGGCGCACGUGGCGGUCGCAUCCCCCCCACCCGCGCCGGUGCCCCAAGCCAGGGGCGCUUGUACUGUGCCGGGCCGCCGCCCUUGAGCUCAGGACACAGAGCUGGAGGAGCAGGGGCCGAGGACAAGGACGGAGGCAGACGGGGCUGGACGGCUGUGCCCACGAAGGCCUUGUUCAGGAUCUUUGGA